UCCUCCGCAAAUUGUUAACCUGAAAUCUUGUUUUAUGGCCACUUGCUAGCGUUUUGUUUGCCUUCCAGACUGGUUCUGUACAGGAUACCAAAGAAUUAUGCAUUAACUGUAAACUUAGAGGAGCUUACUGGCCUCAGUGGGUUUUUGAUUUAUAUCAGGCAAAAGCAGAGAGGAGGGCAAAGUUUUGCUCACGGAGCACCAAGGAAUGAAUUACAAGUUUGAGAGGACAGUAGCCUGUGCGAUACGGCGGGAUCUGUUUUUCAAAAUGGAAUUGCAGCUGGCGCUCCUUUUCGCAGGGAUAAUUGCAUUUUCGGACUCGGCGAGAGGCCCCCCCAGGAUCGCUGAUAAAGUGAUUCACCGCCAGUCCGUGAGGCUGGGCAGGACCAUCAAGCUCCUGUGCCCGGUGGAAGGCGACCCCCCGCCCCUCACCAUGUGGAUGAAGGACGGACGGACUAUCCACAGCGGCUGGACGCGGUUCCGCAUCCUCCAGCAAGGGCUGAAAAUCAAGGAGGUGGAGAGCGAAGAUGCAGGGACCUACAUCUGCAAAGCCACCAACGGCUUCGGCAGCACCAACGUGAACUACACCCUCAUCGUCAUCGAUGAUGCCAGCUCAGGAAAGGACGGCCAGGUGCCUGAAGGCUCCAAUGGAGAAUAUGAAGAUCAUUCUGGGAAGCAGUGGGCCCGGCCCAGGUUCACUCAGCCUGCCAAGAUGAGGCGGAGAGUGAUCGCCCGCCCCGUCGGCAGCUCCAUCCGCCUCAAGUGCGUGGCCAGCGGCAACCCCAGGCCUGACAUCACCUGGCUGAAGGACAACAAGCCCCUCACUCCCCAGGAGAUUGGGGAGAACAAGAAGAAGAAGUGGACGUUGAACCUGAAGAACCUGAAGCCGGAGGACAGCGGGAAGUACACCUGCAGGGUGUUUAACAAAGUUGGGGAAAUCAACGCAACGUACAAAGUUGAAGUGAUCCAGAGGACGAGGUCCAAGCCCAUCCUGACAGGGACACACCCCGUGAACACCACGGUGGACUACGGUGGGACCACCUCCUUCCAGUGCAAAGUGCGCAGCGACGUCAAACCCGUCAUCCAGUGGCUGAAGAGGGUGGAGUAUGGCACGGAGAGCAAGUACAACUCCACCAUCGAUGUCGGGGGACAGAAGUUCGUCGUGCUGCCCACGGGGGAGGUCUGGUCCCGCCCAGAUGGUUCCUACCUGAACAAACUGAUGAUUACUCGAGCCAAGGAGGAGGAUGCAGGGAUGUACAUUUGCCUCGGGGCAAACACCAUGGGCUACAGCUUCCGAAGUGCUUUUCUCACAGUCCUGCCAGAUCCCAAGCCUCCCAGCGCACCUGUGCCCCCUUCCUCGGCCAGCAGCCUGCCCUGGCCCGUGAUCAUUGGCAUCCCUGCUGGAGCUGUCUUCAUCUUUGGGACCAUCCUGCUGUGGCUGUGCCAGUCCAAGAAGAAGCCCUGCUCCCCUCCAGCCGCGGCCCCCGUGCACCGCGCGCAGCCCCGCGACAGGAUCUGCGUCCCCCAGGUCCCCGACAAAGACUGCAUCUCCUCCAUUAACUACGAGGAAUACGUGGCCCAGCAGCAGCAUUUACUGUCCCAGGGGCCCGCCCUGGCCCCUGCCAUGGCCUCCAAAAUGUACCCAAAGAUUUACACGGACAUCCACACCCACACCCACUCGCACGUGGAAGGCAAGGUCCACCAGCACCAGCACAUUCAGUACCAGUGCUGAGGGUUGUACAGUGCCUCUUUUGGGCUUUUCCUCGUGGUACCUCAGCAGAGACUGCUCCGAGUCAGCUCGCACUGCCAGCAACAGGCAAAGCAACAGAAAAGGUUAUAUAUGUAAUUUUAAAUAUAUAUAUAUACAUAUAUAUAUAAUUGUAUAUGCGUGUGUGUAUGUGUGUAUAUAUAUAUGUGUAUAUAUCUAUAUCUAUCUAUAUAAAUAUAUAUAUAAUAGAGAAAGACAGAGAGAGAAAAGAGAUUUUUUUUUUUUUUUAAUUAUUGCAAUCAGGAUGUAGCCGAGGAAUAAUGAAGGAACUCCAAUUCACAGCAGGGAGGCAGCUGUCUCCAGCAGCAGAGCCUUCCUGGAUAUUUUAAUCAAAGUGGCAACAAGUGGGAUGGGACACAGGGAUGUGAACCACCACCUCCUUCCUUGUGCUACUGGAAGGAGCAGGUAGAGCAAGAGGUGUGUGUGGAUUUUUCUGGAUGGGCCUGGAUGCCUGCUGAGCAUCACUUGUUUUGGUGGGAAGCCCCCAGACCUGUCCUGCUCUGAGUGACUCAAGCUCUAAUGUACUUCAGGUUUAGUGCCAAAGCACCAGGAGACAUAACCCAUUCAUCUCUUCCAUGGAAAAAAAUAACACAAGAGGGUCUGGAAAAACCAAUUUCUGUUCACAAAGUGAAAUGCCAUGUGCUUCUCAGUCGUGGUCAGCACAAUCAGCUGAACCAACCAAGCUGGUUGGUUCAGUUUCUGCAAGGUGAAGGCAUCUUGUUUCCCGUGGGAUGUUCUGCAGAUCAGCUCCACUCCCCUGGUCCUAGGACUCAGUGCCACUGCCAGGAAAAAGGAAAGAAGGAAAGAGGAACAUUGUACAGAACACCUUUAUAUUUAUAUUUAAGAAAUAAUAAUAAUUAAUAAUAAUAAUUGAACUGCUGAUGGUGAAGAAAGCAAAACACACUGUCCUUCUCUGAUGGCUUAGAGUGACAAGCUACUGGAUUUUCUGCAUCAAUGCAAAAUACAUGAAAGCAUUAGAAAAAUAGUAAGAAGCAAAGAGAGUGAAAUAAUCUCGUAGGAAAACAUUGCAUUUGAGAAAUAUCCACCUAGGUUGUGUGUGGUUGUCCCCUCCCCUCAGAUAUCACUUCGUAAGUGAUAACACAUUGCAGUUCAAAUAACAGUAAAAACAGAAAGAAGAGAAAAUAAAUAAGGACCAUAUUAAAUACCUAUAUGGACUGGAAAUGAAUCCAAUUGCAAAAUAUAAAACCUUUGUAAUUCUAUAUAGAGUUUAAACAGAAGUCAUGUAUAUUUAAUUUAUUUUGUUAAACAAGAAAAAAAUGUAUGAUAUUUUCCUCAAAACAGGCAUUUCUAUAUGUAUUUUUGAUCAAAGAAAAUAAAGAUUUUUUUCAGGUUCUGUAGAUGCCAUGCUCAGAACACACUUGAUGUAGCUUGUGACCAACUGUGCUUCUCCUAACUUGGAGGCCACCUGUCUCUAUGCCUUUUCACACUAGCCAGGUGUCAUCUCCUGUCACCUCAGGUGCUGCUGGUGCCAUCCUGUCCAUCAGAAACUGACAUUUUCCACUUUCUGCAUUCUGACUGCAAGGGUCUGCAGUGGCCAGAUCACUUCUCAUGGACCCCAGCCAUCUUCAGUAGCAGAGUUCUCCUCUCACAGGGAAACCUGUUUCACUAUGCAUUUCUGGGGGGUGUGGGAGGAUGAUUCAUUAGUUUUUUAAGCCCAGACCUGCAGUGGUUUGUUGGCUUGGAUUUUUUUUUUGUUUGGUUCUUUUUUUAAGAAAAUUUUGUAAAUCAAAGCAUAAUAAUUUGUGAAGCUGUAAAAGGAACUUUGGCCUCAGGGUGCUUGGAAGGGGAAAUCAUGAAAUGUAGGUGAAACACUCAAUUUGUAACUGCAGCUGCUUUAGGAGCCAGUGGAGGGUGAGCUGGGCACAGUGAGGAGAGAACACAGGAGCUGCUCCCCUUCAGGGGAGCUUGAACCUUCCUUCUGCUGCACACCACAGAGAGGCACCCAGCUCUUCAGAUGCCAAAAUUUUUUUUGGAGAAAGCAGGUUCAGUAAUGAUGCAACUGUUUCUCUUCAUUUGCAGUUUGAUGGUUUAAAAAAGAAAAAAAAGAAAAUUUGAAACAUGCUAAUUUUUAAGUUUGGUGAGUUUGGAACUACUUUCUUCUUAAGCCUGUUCCAUGAAAGAGAUACUCACCAAACCAGCUGCUCCAUUUAAAAGUGAAACACUUUAUUUAAUCUGAAACAAAGCUGUGCUUUUAGGCUUUGCUUUUCUCUGAACAUUUCUGGAGGUAUUUGCUCUGUGUUGACCCGCAGUGAUUUUUUCUGGUGGUUUGUUUGAAUCACCAGCAAACCAAACAGUUCCCUGUUUGCUCAGCCGUGGUGCUGCGAGAUGGGGCCCUGAUUCAGUGAAACACGUCAGCUCCUGCUUUCUUCACCAAUACAUUCUGCUCCAAAAAGUCCCUUUCUUGCCUCAGGAGUAGUUUAUCCAUGUAAUAACCCCUAGGGGAAGACAUUCUCUCUCAUGAUGGUCCUCCUGUAGAGAUUGUAAUAAAGCAACCCAUUGAUAACUAGUAUUUUUCAGCAGGAGGGUUCAAUGCAAAUUUACGAAAUCCCUAAAAUUCAGAUUAAGGAUAUCUUUAUAUGCAUCCUCUCAGCUUCAGGGAGAGCUGAGAAUAGCUUAAGUGUGAGCACUGUUACAAGGUAUGAUUUAGGCAGGCUGUAGUAUACUGAGUCAUUUCAUUAAAAAAAAAAAAGCCCCUAUACACUAAGGGCAUUACCUUUAUUUCAAGGAGACAGUAAGUGUAUGUUUCCACGAGAGAUAUUAAUGUCUACAUCUCAUAUCUUGUGCCUGUGGGAAGCUACUUAGUACACUGUAGUAUGUCCCAAACUCCUGCACAUUCCAGCAGCAUCAGGGGCAUGGCAAAGGGCAGGAUUCCCCUGCAAGCCCGUGGCCCUUCUCUGCUCUCUGGGCCAGUGUUGUAGCAAGGAGACACUUCUGACCUAUGCUCUGUGAGCAGUACUGACACCAGCUUGAGGUGGAGGCGAGCACUGGAUUUGUGGGGUUCAGUCCUAACCAAACCCUGAGAGAUUUUCUGACAGCACCAGCUCAAGUGGCAGCUCUGUCUGAGCCUCAGGAAGGGGGUUAGUGGGUUAAGAAGAGCACUCCUGCAUUUCCCAUAGAGCACAGAAUUCCAGGCUGUGCAUAGCACUCUCCACCAGUGCCUUCUGCCCUUUGUGACCCAGCUCUGCAGUGCUGUAUCAUGCAGGCAAAACCUUUACAUUUUGUCAGAUGGCUCAAAUGGAAGGAGUGGUUUCUUCCUGCCCUUCAAAGCUCCUGAAUCAAAGAUGAAUCUCUAGAGCUGCUGACAGAGUUCUCCAAAGACAAACAUUGCAUUAAACUACCCCGUGUGGAUGAUGCACCAUCCCAGGGCAGCUGCAGCUCUUGGCUGUGGCACUGAGAAUGCAGCUCUGGUUUUGGAUGCACUAUGAGAGAUGCUGUAAAGGUCUUGAUUUGCAGAAAGAGUGGGGAUUUCAUCCUGCCUUGGGUACCUGCUCCAUCCUGAUCACCAAAAAUGGUGUGAAAUUUCCCCUGAGGGAAACACCAUCACAUACCCUGUUUAGGAGGGGCUGUGUUUUUUGUCUGGGCCCUGCUCUGGCUUGCUGUGCCUGGAUGGAUUUCACAUUUUCGAGGAAUUAUUUUUCCUUCACAAGGCAUCUCUGAGACCUUUUCUGAGUCACCCUGUCCCAAGCCCUACUGCAUGCCAUUGAAUUUUAGGGCUUGAUUGUGCCUUGCAUAUAUUGCAAAGUCUUCCGUCAUUUUAAAUAAAUUAAUUAAGUUUUAAUAAAUUCAACCAGGUCAUAGUUGUAUAUGAAUAUGUUCUUUGUUCAGUGGGAAAAGAUUUGGAUGCAUCUUCGUCCCUAAAUAGAGGGUGUUCAAAGAAAACCAUUGUCUUGUUUGUGGUAACUGACCCUAUGCUGAACACAGAUUUUUUAUUUUACAUAUUUUUAUACAUAUGCAUACAGGGGUAUAGAUGUACAUGCCGGUUGUGAUACAGAAGGCAGUUACACUUCUAAAACCAUGGAGCUUCAAAGAUCAAAGGAAUUUUAGGCUUAAAACUCACUAUCUUUGUUAAUUUUAUUUGCAUUACAGAUCAAACAUGGCUUUACCUACCAGUUUGUGCAUGGCAUUUUUUAACUUUGUAUGGACAAUCUUUCUGUGGUUGGCCCCUUUCGAACUGAAAACUUAUCAGGCAUUGAUGAUAAAAAAGUGUUCUGUGGUUUACAUUUGGUGACAAAUACAAUAACUGAACACAUCAAAGGAGACAGAAUGGCACAGUGUGUCUGUGGCUUUGUAAUAAAAGUUGCAGGGAGAAAAAGGAAUAAAAGCCUGGAAUUGUGUUAAUACA